AUGCCGGUUCCAGCGAAUAUUUUCGAAACCGGCGGUAAUGAGAACCUACCGACAAUCGAUUUCACAUUCAAAAGCGACGAUUCUCCCAAUAAGCUAUUGGAAAUUAAAAAGCGGCGAAGCGCGCUGAAACCGACACAGCCAAAAGCAACAUCAGGCGUCGGUCAUGAAUUGGUCAAGGUUGAUAAUCGCGACGCACGAUCACCCGAGGAAAUCCUACGAGCACGCGAAAUCGAGGCGGUGAAGUGGCCGAGGGAAAUCAUGUCGCACGCGAAGCGAAAACAUUUCAUUUGCGAUUACGAUUUCUCGAAGACAAUAUUCGCCGAUGCCAAGUUCCCGCCAGAUUCCGAAAUCCACUGCUUCGUCUGCAAUCGAAUCGACGGCGACCUUCUCAAUUGUCGCGGAAUGUUUAGCGGAAUAGUGAACAAGAAAAAGACGCGCUGCCGAACGAAAUUCCAUCUCAAUUGUCUGAUGAAAUACAAUGCUUCGGAUUACAACGCCCAGUAUAUCGUUCAAGCCGAAUGUCAAAACGAGCUGUUGUGUCCUCUCCAUUUCUGCGAUAUAUGCUAUUUGGAUCGUCGAAAACAGUCGGCAUUUUCCGGCUACCUGGUCGAAUGCGCAUUCUGUAUGCGCGCAUUCCACCAAAAAGACUGCUCUCCAAUGGGCUGUAAGGAUUUGGAGGUGAGAUUGCAGCUGGAAGACGGCGUCAAAUAUCUCACCGAGAUGAUCGUAUGCCCAUCGCAUCGUCAGAAAACGCGCGUCACUCAACAUUUGACGGUUUGUUGCGAUUGCGAGAUUGAAGAUAAGAAAGAGGAGCUAUCCAAAUGUAAGUCAUGCGUUCGCUCAUUUCAUCCGAAAUGUCGAACCGUGAAAUCGGUGAACAAUCGUCCGGUGGCGAUCGACGUGUGCGAGUUCUGUCUGACCGGCGAAUGCGUUCGAUUGCGGACUCCCAUCAUGGUGCGAUGGCGCGCGAAAGAAUUCUAUCCGGGUCGCGCCAGAGAGUGGCACUCGACGCCAAUUCGUCUAAGAAAACACAAAUAUUACGAUAUCGUUGGGUAUUGUUUGGUCGAAUGGCUCAUCGACGGCAAAUUAAGCCAAUUUUCGAUUGCCUCAAUUGCCGAUUGUGUGCCAAUGUUCGAGAAAUCGCUGAAACUCUACGGCAAAAAUCAAUCGGAAAAUCAAUUGAAUGCUUGGAGAGCGCUUCUCGACGAUGAAAUGUUGACGCCGCCGCGCGUGUUUCCGGUUCUCAAGGAAGUGAAAAGGAAAUUAGACACGGCGCGAUAUUUUUCGAAGGAUUGCGAGAAGGCGAUUUGCGAGCCGGAAGUCAACAUGUGCAAUUGUGCAGAGAAUGACGAGAAUCGCUGCUCGACGGAGGAUUGUGCGAAUGUGCGAACGUUUUUUGAAUGCCCGCCGGAAUGCGCCAAAAAUGGGAAUUGUCGAAAUCGCGGGAUUUCCGAUCGAGUGGUGAACCCGAAAAUCGAGCGGCGUGCGACGACCAACAAAGGAUUUGGCCUAUUUGCGACGGACUCGAUCAAAAAGGGCGAAUUCAUUGUCGAGUACGCUGGCGAGAUUAUAAAUAAGCAGGAAUUGGAGCGGCGAAGCGCGAUGAUUGGAAACGCCCGCGAUAACGAGGCGAACUUAUAUAUCAAUCAUUCGUGUCGGCCGAAUUGCACACCAAUUAAAAAAUUGAUACUAUUAAAAUUGCGGAAUGAUGGCGCUUAUUAUGACCAUCGAAUAGCCAUAGUUGCUAUCGAGGAUAUAGAAAAAGACGAAGAGCUUACAUUCUCGUAUCAAAUGGAGAACAUGCUCAAUAGUGCGAUACCCGAAUGUAAAUGUGGUGUCGAGAAUUGUUCGGGAUUCCUUUCGAAAUCUUCGAUUAAUGAUGAUUCGAAGAAAUCGAUGAAACGAAAAGCUAGUCUUGAGCUGAAGCGUCCGGCAGCGAAAAAAUCAAAACACUAG